UGAAUCGAUUACAAAGUCAUAACAUAACAUAUUUUACCUGUGUGAACGAGUUCGUAGGUAAGCGCAUUACAAUCUUCUCUAAAUGUUUUCUGAUGCUCAAUUUGUUUAUCUUUUGUGAUAAAGAUAUCAGUAAGACAAACUAUGAUACAGGAAGAACAGGUGUUAAACAUUUCUGAUUAACUUACUUAUAGUGAAAAUGUCGGAACAGGUGCUUGGAGCUACUGCCUUACCUGAAGACAUAAUUGAUGUCUCGGACAUGGAUACAAGCUUCAAAGAAGCUAUAGACCGUUUGGAUAAUAUAGCUUUGAAUGCUGAUUAUAGUAUCGAUGAAGACGAAAAUGAUGACGGUACUCCAGAAACUGGAUCUGUAGGUGAUUGUUCCUUAAAAAGCGAUGAAAUAUCCGACAAGAAAAGUGACAGUUCUAGUGUUAAGUCAAACGAUAAGACGAAAAUUAGUGAACGGAAAGAAAAUGGCAGAAAGGUUCCGAAAGAACCAAAGAAAUCCGUGUUUUCAAAAUUGAAGAAACUGACUAAAUUUGAUAAACCAAAGCAACCUGAUCCUAAUACUGUAGUCCCAAAAUUAGAUUCAACAAAACUAUCGGACAUUAAAAUUGACAGACUACCUCAGCUGUUUGUGUGUAAAUACUUGGGUAAAAGGGAUGUUAAAGGAGUGUACGGUUUACAUUAUGUCCGCAAGCCAGUUGAUGAAUUAGUGGGUAAGGUCAAAAAGACUUUACUAGCAAAUGAAACAGUCGAACUACCUCUGGUAUAUGUUGUGAUUUCUAACAAGGGAAUAGACGUGAAGGAACAUCAAGGAAAUCGUAUUAAAAAUGGCGUAACGUUCGGGAAUAUACCAAUAGAUUUCAUAUCAUAUGGAGUUCAGGAUAUGAAAUUCUGGAAAGUAUUUACAUUUAUUGUCGUCAGUGAACUAUCAUCGAGAACAAAAAAAAUGGAAUGUCAUGGUUAUCUGUGUGAUUCCUCUACCAAUGCAAGAAAAAUGGCACUUUCGCUGGGUGCUUCGUUUCAAUUAUAUAAAACUAAACUUGCCAAAGAAGGGAAAGCACAUAACUUUCAGGUUGAAUUGAGACCCCCUGACGAGCUUGCGGUAGCAUAUACAAAAGAAGACGAAGAAGAGGAGUGCUAAAAUUGUCAAUGAUGAAAUGCUUACUUUCCUAAAUGACAUCCAUAGAAUUCAUUCGAAAUUCAAGAACACAUUUUUUAUUCCUAAGAAUACCUUCAGUACCCGGUGUGUUCCUUUUUAAGGUAUACAAGCAUAAAUAUUUACAAAUGUACACCCACAUUUAGUGAGUUGUCUGAUUUUGUCAUUUAUAUAUUGCAAUAAAUAAAUCAUAACAGUUUUAAA